CAGUCUGCAGUAAAAUAGAAAAAUGGUGUUAGCAGAUCUAGGGCGGAAGAUUACUUCUGCCCUCAAGUCACUCAAUAAUGCAACAGUUAUUGAUGAGAAGGUUCUAGAUGACCUCUUGAAAGAAAUAUGCACAGCACUCUUAGAAUCAGAUGUUAAUAUCAGGCUUGUAAAGAAGCUUAGAGAAAAUGUCAAGCUAGCAAUAGAUUUUGAUGACAUGGCAGGGGGCCUCAACAAGAGGAGAGUUAUUCAAACCACCGUCUUCAGAGAGCUGGUCAAGCUUGUGGACCCAGGAGUGAAGCCAUUUGUUCCUGUCAAGGGUCGGCCCAAUGUGAUCAUGUUUGUUGGACUCCAGGGUUCAGGUAAAACAACCACAUGCACCAAGCUAGCCUAUUACUACCAGCGCAAGGGCUGGCGCAGCUGUCUCGUUUGUGCUGAUACCUUCCGUGCCGGUGCUUUUGAUCAAGUCAAACAGAAUUGUACCAAAGCCAGGAUUCCUUUCUAUGGCAGCUACACUGAAGUUGAUCCUGUUGUGAUAGCUACUGAAGGUCUUGAGCAGUUCAAGAGAGAGAAUUUUGAGAUCAUUAUCAUCGACACAUCUGGUCGUCAUAAGCAGGAAGAUUCGCUCUUUGAAGAGAUGUUGCAGAUAUCUACAGUCUGUAAACCCCACAACAUCAUAUUUGUGAUGGACGCAAGUAUUGGUCAGGCGUGCGAGGCGCAGGCCCGUGCCUUCAAAGACAAGGUGGAUGUUGGCUCCGUGAUCAUCACCAAGCUGGACGGCCAUGCUAAGGGUGGUGGUGCUCUCUCUGCAGUGGCUGCCACCAGGAGUCCCAUUAUCUUCAUUGGGACCGGUGAACACAUAGAUAAUUUUGAAGAGUUCAAAACAAAGCCAUUCAUUUCCAAAUUACUGGGCAUGGGCGACAUUGAAGGACUUAUUGAAAAGGUUAGCGAUCUGAAGCUGGAAGACAACGAGCAACUGAUAGACAAGCUGAAGCAAGGCCAUUUUACCCUGCGCGACAUGUACGAGCAGUUCCAGAACGUACAGAAAAUGGGACCAAUGUCACAGAUCAUGGGUAUGCUGCCAGGCUUCAGCACGGACUUCCUCACUAAAGGCGGUGAGCAGGAGAGCAUGGCUCGACUCAAGCGCCUCAUGACCAUGAUGGACAGCAUGAGCGACCAGGAGCUGGAUAGUUUGGAUGGACAGAAGUUGUUCAGUAAGCAGCCGUCGCGCAUCAGCAGAGUGGCUCAGGGUGCAGGAGUCAUGGAGGUCGAGGUGAAGGAGCUGCUCAACCAGUACGCAAAGUUCGCUCAGAUGGUCAAGAAAAUGGGCGGCAUGAAGGGACUUUUUAAAGGUGGUGAUCUUGGUCGCAACGUAAACCCCAACCAAAUGGCGCAGCUCAACACCCACAUGGCGAAGAUGAUGGACCCAAAGGUGCUGCAUCAGAUGGGAGGCUUCAAAGGGCUCGAAAAUAUGAUGAAGCAGCUGCAGCAAAAAGGCGGCCCAGGUGGCAUGAUGGGAAAGGGGGGAAUGGGGGGCAUGUUCAAGUAAUAUGCCCCCUCGAUGGACACCAAGCAUGUGAGCGUAACUUUUCCAUUGCCAAAUUGAUCUUCGCAAGGUUCAUUAGAACUUUACUCUUGAGCUGCUGUGCGAUCCGGGGAUCACUUUACCCGUUCUUCGGGCAUGCGUGGAGGAUAUUGUCAGUGAAUUGUAUUUUCAAGGCUCUUUCUAAGUCGUUUUUGAUCUAUGAUAGGUGGAAUAGUGGGACUGCUGUGCUUUUCAGUCAUCUCGCAGUCCUUGUUAUAAUAUGCAAACGUUUUGGGUGUCCCAAGAAUCGGAGCUUCUUGAGUGGUUAUACAAUCGUGUAUGGAUUUUUAACGUUUUGAUCAUACCGCUGCUUCAGAGCGUGGAUGAAAGUUAUUGCCAAAUAUACGGUUUAAAACAUUGUUUCGGUUCUUGGGACGCCCAGUUAACUUUGAAAAUAUGCUUUGUUCACACUGAAUUAACGAAUUGUAGAUUUCCCCUCGUUGAUUUGGAAGUUAAUUCCAAUUCUGGGUGUGCGCGAAUGGUUCCUUCUCAGCCUUCACUAUUUGACGCCGUACGAAAACGACUCUGUUGAUCUAAUUUUCUCUCGAGAAAUCCUUGAAUAUGAUCCUUUUUCACAACUUUUUCUUUGGGGUACAGGUUCUUUCCUUUGUGUGGACACUGUUUGAGAAGUACAUUGUCAUGUGUGUGAGGCAAAGCAUUUGUAUGUUUUUUUAUCGAUAAAUUAUUUUAUUCUUA